AUCAGUGUCACUGAAACACUUGCUCACUAGUACGAUGAUACAGCCACACACCUGCCAAGAAGAACUUCGUGAAUGACAUACAACUGCAAGCCUUUCGGAUGAGUCUCACACAGCCGGCAAUGAGUACUUCGGUAAAUGUAUCGUCACAAUUCCCUGCGGUAGGGCGCUUCAGUGAAUAUUUGAAUAUUGACUAGCAGGUGAUGUCUUGGACGGAAUAGUUAUGACGUAAUCAGCAAUGAUAGGUGAUUACGUAAGCAAGGCGAAAUACUGCAUUUGCUAACGCCUCUUCCAUUCUUCAUCUUGAUUUAUACCUCAUCACCAUCCUCAACUGUCCUAUCUUAUUGUCUUCAAUAAUGUCUACAUUCCCUAUCUUUCACAACCUUAACAGUGGAGCUGGUUUCCCUGGAUUGUCCUCUUACUCUGCUGAGCAGAUAUCAUUAACCCCUAUGGAACAACCCCUGUAUGAUCACCAAAAAGCUGUCGACCUUGCUGCGCUGGACGCAAUACCUGAACACGAUUUGCUCGCCAUUUUGGGGCUUCAAUCUUCGUCUGUGCCUUGUGCACAUUCGUUCCAUGUUGACUCUUCCAUUACGGAGGAGUCGGUCUCAGACGUUCGAAAUGAUUUCACUGCCGCCAUUCGAAUUAAGGCUCCCCAUCCUCGGGUAGCUCAUGCCUGUGAUUACUGCAGGCGCCGAAAAACAAAGUGUUCGGGGGAACAGCCAGUGUGUACGAGCUGUAAGAAAAGAGGCAAGGUGUGCCAGUGGACUCCUCUCAAAACCACCAAAGAGCGGCGAACUCGGAAACCCUACGACGUUGGUUUUGAAUACAACCCUCGACCUCGUGCACCUGCACCAUCUGCCCCGUAUAUUGCGGCACCUAGGGCGACUUAUCCGAGCGUUAUGCUCCCGAAUCCGAUGACCAUUUGGUCUAUCGAAGGCGCUGUGUCUGCGUCGCAGACCAGUACGAUUUCAAAUGCGCCCACUGUGAAACCUACUAUGCAAACACCCACUGGUUGGAGUGCUCCUGCACAAUAUGAUUGGCAAGAUGUCGAUAUCCCAUCCCCUCUUUCCUCCUGCCCUUCAUUAGGGAGCAACGUCUCAUCUCGGGAAUCAUCGCCUUUGGAUACACCAACCCCUGCCAACUCAAUACCUACCUCGACUAGUCCAUUAUAUUUUCCUGUAGAAGAGGCGGCACAAAAUUUGGACGACAUAGACGUUUUCUUCAAAAAUCUGUAUCAAGGUCUAUCUCCCGAUUGGUCUCCGGUCUUGAAAAGCUGGCCGGAUGAAACUGAGAUGCUUUUUGCUCAGUAAGCACCAAGCCACGUAAUAGGCG